AUGCGUCGUAUCUUUCUCGUGGAUCGCAGCUUGUGGGCCGCAUUACAGGGUCGUAAUGAAGACCGGGAAUUGCCCAGGCGGCCGGCGCCAGUGGCGCGCUCGUCACUCGGCCGUCAAAGGCACGCUAAUGAGGGCGGGAAUAAGAAAUUAAAACGCUCCACGCAGUACUGCACCAUUAACCUAGAUUGCACUGCACUCCUCAUUAAACCCUCUUUUCUAGCGGCCUUCUCUAUCGCCGACGAAAGUUUCUCAGAUCGGGCGGCGAUUUGCGGAUUAAGGACAUCCGAGCAUGGAGCC